CUUCUGGGAACCACGUGUGCCCCGCCAAGGGGCCCCAGAGACGCGACGCCCUGGCGGAUUCCGGCUGGGGCUGGGCACUCCCCUGCUCUCUGCUCUGAAACGGGACUUGAGGCUGGAAGUCAAACAGUGCGCAGCCCGCGAUGCCAACUCUCGGCGGCUUCCUCGUGGCUCUUGCCCUGCAGACGGUGGGCGCGAAGCAGGAAGACUUCUUUCAUCGAAACAGCACCCCUGAAGUGGGAGUUUUGUCAUUUUAUGAUGUUUGGAAUCGCAGCUCCUGCCAGCCCAUGGAAAAACUGGUUAAUAUUGUAUCUGAGUACCCCUGUGAGGUGGAGCACAUGUUCAGCCCUUCCUGCGUCUCCCUGCAUCGCUGCAGUGGAUGCUGUGGAGAUGAGACCCUUCACUGUGUACCAACAGAGAUGACCAAUGUCACCAUGCAACUCCUAAGGAUGAAAUCCGGGGAGCAGGCAUCCUACGUGGAGAUGUCAUUUGCUGAACACAAGAAAUGUUUGUGCAGGCUUCGCCAAGAGGUUCCAAAGCCAGGGAGGAGGAGGAGGCCCAAGGGAAAAGGAAGAGGAAGCAAGAUGAAGCGAGCAAGACACAGACUGAAAGACUGAUCUCUGUCAAAGAGGGCGAUGAUGAUGCACUUCUGUGGUCCCUCAAGAUUCCCACGACCCAAGAGAUUUUGCUUGGUUGCCGGCCUCACCAAUUAAUCAGGGCAAGGUUGAAACUUUAAUCUGAGACUAAGCCUUUUUGUGGACAGUUUGCACUGGCUAAUCAGCUAAAGGUUGCGCCCCUAAUUAAAAUGCAUUUUGUUUGCUAUAUAUAUCUUUAGA